AUGUGCACGACAGGACGAAGCAUGAUCAAUGAUCUCGAAGCCAGACUGAGACUGGUCCCAACGCCCAAUGAGACCGUUCCUGAACCAGAGCCAGAACCUGCGGACGUGAAUCCGGAGCCCCGUGCUGAUCUGCAGAAAGAGGCUGAAGAGGUGGGUUUCCUCACCACGGGAGGAUCAGAUCUGUACUCAGGUAGCAAGUAUGUCGGGAGCGCGGCCGGAUCGACAUUUGCGAGGAUCUUCUUCAAGCAGCUUAAUCUUGUUCCCUCGUGGGAUUCCUCCAGCCAGGGAAGUGGUCUUGAACAGCCCCUGUGUGAAGCAACUGCAGCGCUCCCACCUCAGCCUAUUGCAAGGGCUCUCCUCAACAUCUACAUCGCUAGGGUACACAUUUGGUGGCCAUUCUUACAGCUUCCGCAUUUGAGAAGGGGCUUUCAGCGUAUCUACGAGAGCCCCAGGCAGUGCAGUGGCCAUGAGAAGUUUACUGUGUUUGCUAUCCUAGCGCUAGCAAGCUGCCAACUGACCACGAAAGAUGCCCAGUCUCCAGCGAUGAUGGACCUCAACGACUCCAAUGCAUAUUUCCGGACCGCAUUGCGCUUCUUCAAUAACUUUAGUGACCACCCAAGGGAUCUCUUCGGGAUACAAGCAGUGCUUCUUCUGGCAAUAUGGAUGCUAGACUCGUCUCACAGCAGCCACAAUAACGAUCUUUGGCAGGUUAGUCGGUACAUCAUGUCGGCCGCCAUCGAAGCAGGACUCCACCGUCACAACAAAGACUGGGGCUUCACAGCUGAAGAAUUGGAGAUCCGGAAUAGGACAUGGUGGUGUGCAUACAACCUGGAGCGACAAGUUGCGACCAUGACAGGCCGAGUCUUAUCCAUUCGGGACCAUGCAGUUCACACCAUGUUACCCAAUUCAGCCACAUUCGAUGCCCUUACACCCCUCGAGAGUUCCGUGGCCCCCGUUCUCCACAAACAUAAUGUUGAGGUUAUUCGUCACAUGAUUACAUUGCGGAGGAUUGGCGGUCGUAUCCUUGAGUCGAUCUACAUAGCGAGAGGGCCAAGCGGCACGGCUAUGGACACUACAUUCCAGCAGAUUUGUGCGACCUCCGAUCAGAUACGGAGAGACCUUGAACUCUGGGAGCAGCAAUUGGAGGCAAUGGAACUGAAGCCAUCUCGGGAGUACUCUGAGAUGAAGAUUGAGUACUGCCUUUUGCAGCUCCUACUACACAGGCCUUCGCCUACAUUCAUGGUACCAUCACGGCAAAUGGCGUCCUACUGCUCAAAGGCCGCAUCAACUGCAAUCAGUCACUGGUCCAAAAUCGAAGGCGAAUAUGGCAUUUCUGCUAUUUGUCGAUGUUUUAGACAAUUACAUGAUAUAAUCCUUGUCGGACUAGCGGCUCUUUACUGCGACUGGCAAGCAAUGGCCCUACCACAGACUGGAGAUGACGCCCCGAGGCCACAUCGACAUUUCAACGACACUGCAACUUGUCUAGACCUGAUUGAUCGAGGAGUUACUAAUAUGAGAGCUCCAUAUUUGGCAAAGUACAAAGAUUUAUUCCAGGCUGUGAGGAACAAAGUUUACGCCAAGACGAUUUUCACCAGCAUUAGUCCAGGGGCUAUGAACUCGACCAUUUCCCCUGGCACAAUGUCACAAGGACUUAUUUUUAAUCCCAGCGACGAUAUAAUGUUCUCGAUGGGUGAUGGGGUAGAAGCAUAUGUGAGUCAGGUGAAUGAGUUCUUGGAUGGUGGUGGAUUCAAUGUUGAUGAGGCUCUUGAUGCGUGGUAUGAUGCUUUGAUGGGGGAGAUACAAAAUGGCGAUGCCCAGAUGAUGGAGUGA